AUGGCGCCCAGUUUCGAUACUUUGUCUGAGCAGGACCUCCACGAAGAGGAGGAGGAGGAGAUUGACUUCUCCGAUCUCAAGGCGCAAUAUGAAGUGAAGCUCGACGAGGGUUUGGAUACAUUUGUUGUGAUCGAUGGACUGCCGGUUGUGCCCGAAGAAAGCAGACAAAAGCUUAUCAAGUUCUUGUUGAGGAAACUCAACACGGUGGGCCACACGUCUGAAGAUGCGGUCUUUAUGCCCCUCAACGACAAGAACAUGUCCGAAGGAUAUGCCUUCGUUGAGUUCGAGACCCCCGAACAAGCCGUCGCCGCGGUCAAGCAGCUGCACGGCACUCCCCUCGACAAAAAGCACACCCUUCUCGUGAACAAGUUAAUGGAUAUCGAGCGCUAUGGCCGCGAAGGGCGCAUUGAUGAAGAGUACAAGCCCCCUGCCAUCGAGCCUUUUAAGGAGAAGGAGCAUCUCCGCUCGUGGCUUGCGGAUCCCAACGCGCGUGAUCAGUUUGCCCUUUAUCGUGGUGACAAAGUUGGCGUUUUCUGGAACAACAAGAACAAUCCGCCCGAGAAUGCCGUCGACCGUGCGCACUGGACGCAGCUCUUCGUCCAGUGGUCUCCGAAGGGUACUUUUCUCGCAUCCGUUCACCCUCAGGGUGUUCAGCUCUGGGGUGGUCCCGCUUUCUCGAAACAGAAGCAGUUCCCCCAUCCUUUCGUCCAGCUCAUCGAGUUCUCGCCUGGUGAGAGCUAUCUGACGACCUGGUCGGCGCGCCCCAUUCAGGUUGAAGAGGGCCAGUCUAUUUUGACUUACGAGGAGGAAGGAAAGAACAUUAUCGUCUGGGAUAUUGCAACUGGAAAGCCUCUACGUUCCUUCGUCUCUCACGAUCUCACUGCUGGUCCCGCGGGAGACGCUGAGCCCAAGAAGAAGGUGCAGUGGCCUGCAUUCAAGUGGUCUGCCGAUGAAAAGUACGUCGCUCGCAUGCUACAGCAUCAGUCCAUUUCGAUCUACGAGCUUCCACGAAUGAACUUGCUCGGAAAGACAUCGGUGAAGAUUGACGGCGUCAUGGACUUUGAGUGGUCACCCGCAACUGUGACUCGUGAGGGCGUCAAACAAUACGAACAGUUGCUCUGCUUCUGGACCCCUGAGAUCGGUAGCAGCCCCGCCAGAGUCGCCAUGAUGAGCGUCCCAUCGAAAGAAAUUGUACGAACACGUAAUUUGUUCAAUGUUUCCGACGUCAAGCUUCACUGGCAAUCCCAGGGUUCGUAUGUCUGCGUGAAGGUGGAUAGACACUCGAAGUCGAAGAAGUCCAUGGCCACCAACCUCGAGAUUUUCCGGGUACGCGAGAAGGGUGUCCCUGUGGAGGUUGUUGACAGUCUCAAGGAUACUGUGAUCAAUUUCGCUUGGGAGCCCAAUGGCAAUCGAUUCGUUCUCAUCACAACCGGCGAGACUGUCGCUGGUGCUGCUGUUGCACCCAAGACCGCCGUGUCGUUCUUUGCCCCUGAGAAGAAGGGUGGAGCAAUCGGUAACUUCAAGCUUAUCCGCACUAUCGAAAAGAAGAACAGCAACGCGAUCUACUGGUCGCCUAAGGGUCGUUUCGUUGUCGUUGCUACCGUUCACUCCCAGACCAGCUUUGACAUGGACUUCUGGGACAUGGACUUUGAGGGCGAGAAGCCCGAAGCCGAGAAGGACUUCUCCGCCAACGUUCAAUUGAUGAAGACCAUUGAACACUACGGUGUGACGGAUAUUGACUGGGAUCCUACCGGUCGUUACGUCGUCAGCAGUGCUAGCGUGUGGACACACUCGUUGGAAAACGGCUGGAACAUGCACACUUUCUCCGGUAACACCCUUUCCGAGAACCCCACAGAGAAGUUCAAGCAAUUCCUCUGGCGCCCUCGCCCAGCCACUCUUCUCAGCAAGGAGGAGCAGAAGCAAGUGCGCAAGAACCUUCGGGAAUACUCCAAGGAAUUCGACGAGGAGGACAGAUACGCCGUCGAUAUUGCCAACACAGCCGUUGUCGAGAAGCGCAAGCGGGUUCUCAACGAGUGGCUUGCCUGGAUUCUCCGGGAGAAGGAGCUCCUUGCCGAGGAGAAGGAAGCCUACGGUCUCCCCGAGGACGUGGACGACCCCAAGUUGGCCAAGGACGCCCUUGCAACCACGCAAGAGCAAGGCGAGACUGUUGUGGAGGAGAUUGUCGAAGAGAUCGUCGAGGAAAGCGAAGAAGUCAUCGGUUAA